UCCUGCCUCUUAAUCCACUUGUUGAUCGGAGCAGGAGGCGGUCUGCGACUUAAACCUUCACUCAAACAGCUCCAACAAUGUCGGAAACUGACGGAUAAACGGCGCCAAAAACACAGCAGCGCAGCCGGCGGUGGAGCACUAUGUUCGGCCUGAGGGAAGCCGGAAUCCUCGGAGCCUCCGUGGUUCUGGCGGGAGGAGUCACUUAUCUUAUCUGGAACUACGUGUCCUCCUCCGGACACCAGAAGCCCGAAACACGGCCGCGAGAGGACGGAAGGAGUUCCGGAAGAGAAGAGACGAAGGAAAAAAGAAAGGAGACUCCUGUUGAACAAACUGUUUCUGCUGCCGAAGCUCCCACGACGUCACAGUCCUGUUCUGUGGAGUCUCAGGGGACCCAGGUUCUGGUUCUGGGUCUGGAUGGAUCUGGGAAGACCAGCCUGCUGCACUGCUUUUCCUGCGGCAUCCCGGAGCAGGACAUGGAGCCGACGCAGGGCUUCAACGCCGUCUCCAUCAACAGAGAAGACCUGCACAUCGAGUUCCUAGAGAUUGGAGGUAAAGAGGAUCUGCGGCCGUACUGGCAGAGGUACAUGUCCAAAGCUCUGCUGCUGGUGUUCGUGGUCGACUCCUCAGACCCACAGCUCUUCCCGGUCGCUAAGAAACAUUUACACGAGCUGCUGGCCUCCCACCCCCGCCUGCCUUUAAUGGUACUGGCCAACAAACAGGAUCUUGCAGGUUCCUGCAGCAUCACUGACCUCCAUGACGCCCUGUCUCUGUCGGAGGUGGGGGACCGCCGCUUGUUCCUCAUCGGUACCCACGUGAAGAAGGGCGAGGCGGAGCUGGGCUCAGGCGUUCAGGACGCUCGGGACCUGAUCGUCCAGAUGGUUUGCGAUGGCAGAUAAAGCUCAUAGUUGGUCGUCACUCUGUCCUGCACUUUUUUUCUCUUUACUGUCUCCACUACACCAAGUUGGCUGAAACUCCUUUAUUUAUUUGUGUUUUGGUACGUCACAGUUGGGAUAAAAAAAAAAAAAAACAACUCACUGUCGUCGUCAGAAAAGGGCCAGAUCUUAUUGUUUAUUUCCUUGUUUUUACUUAAACUGAUGGACAAUUCUAAAAACUUCAAACAAAAAAGUAUUUUUCCAGUUUGUCUCAGUAGAGGAUGGAUAGAGCCAUAAAUAUUUCACUUUACAAGACUGUUGGUAUGUGUUUGACAGCUUUAGAAGCAUUGUAAUGUUAUUUAGUACUGCAUUUUAAGAAGGAUCAUUAUGUCUUUCAUGUGUCAUAAUCAAUAGAAUCUAAAACACCUUGGCAUACGAGACUUAAAGCUCAUCAUAUCGGCUUAGAGCAGACUUCGGUGUGACUUCAUAUUUCAACGAAAAACGCAACUUAAGUAGCGUCUGUUAUACUUAUUAUUCAUUUUUCAGUCAGUAGCAUCGUUCUGCCAUGUGGGGACACCAGUGAGCAAAUGUUCAAGUGCAUCAGACUCUUAGUUACCAAAAUCUGAAGACUGUUACAGCUUUAAAAACACACUUUUCUGUUACACAUUCAUGGUAUUUGAUGUGUGUUUUCUGUUAAACCUGUUAAAGGGAACUUGCUUUAUCUUAAAGGAAUAUGAAACGGGAUGUUGUUGUUUUUGCCAUUCAGAGAGCUGACUUGCUGUUUUUUUUUUUAAUUUAAAUACUGUUUUAUUGGAGGAAAUUUGUGCCUGCAAGCUGUGGGAUGAGGCUGAACUACACUGUUGAUGUGUGGAACGCCUUCACAUGCACUGUUUCUGAGGGAUGUAAAGCAUUUGAAAGAGCACGUUUUCCAAAAAAAAUUACCAAAAUAUGUCCACUAAACAGUAAAUAUAGACAGUUUGAUACAUGUUGUUUUUUCACACUAUAAAUAAACUGUUUCCACAAA